AUGAGGAAGCUAAGCCCCGCCGCGCAUGAUCGGUACACUUCGUUUGUCCUUCCAAAACUGUCGAAGGAGUUCAGCUUUGCGGAAACAACCGAAACGCUGAAAAAGCUAUUCGGAUCUCCUGUCUCCGUAUUUCAUCGGCGAUUCCAGUGCCUUCAAACGGCAAAAGAAGAUUCGGAGGACAUUUCGGCGUAUUCCUUCAACCGCAGUAGGAAGUAUGCGGAGGUGUUGAUAAAUAAUGUCCCAGUUCGGCUGCAGGUCGACUCUGCUUCGGACAUAAGUGUAAUCACCGAGGCAUUGUGGAAGCAGAUCGGCAAACCUGCCGCCCACCCACCAUCAUGCCAGGCGCUAACAGCAUCGGGCGAUACUCUACCGCUCGCUUCGGAAUUCUGGUGUGAUGUAAACAUAAACGGCACUUCCAAACGAGGUUUAUGUUACGUACUGGGUAUCCGUACUGGGCACCGAUUGGAUAGAGAUGUUUGGCUUCACAUAUCCAAAAUCGUGGCAGAUUUGCAAUCAAAGUUCUCCGAAGUGUUCACCAGUCGUAUGGGUCUGUGCACCAAGACCAAAGUGCAGUUGUCACUCCGUGGAAAUCCAAAACCAGUGUUUCGUGGUAAACGCCCCGUAUCCUUCAGCAUGGAAGGUGUUGUUGAGGAUGAAAUCCAGCGCUUAGUAAAUCUCGGCGUCCUGCAACCGGUCGAUUUUUCGGACUGGGCCGCGCCGAUUGUGGUCGUCCGCAAACCAAACGGUACCGUUCGCAUCUGUGCCGAUUUCUCCACAGGACUCAACAGUGUGCUGGAAGCAAAUCAAAAUCCACUUCCUCUGCCAGAGGAUAUAUUCACCAGCAUGUCCGGUUGUCGAUUUUUCACUCACAUCGACCUCUCGGACGCCUAUCUCCAGGUCCAGGUGGACGAAAAUAGCCAGCAUCUCCUCACCAUAAACACCCACAAAGGUUUGUUCCGCUUCACACGACUGUCUCCGGGUAUCAAAUCUGCCCCGGGAGCAUUCCAGCAGAUAGUCGAUGCCAUGCUAAGCGGACUUCAAUGCACUCGUGGCUACUUGGAUGAUCUUCUGGUUGGAGGAAAAUCGGAGGACGAACUGAACCGGAACGUACACCAGGUUCUAAGCCGACUCCAGGACUACGGUUUCACGGUUCGCAUUGAAAAGUGCCGGUUCAAUAUGCGACAAAUCAAAUAUCUGGGACAGAUCCUCGACACCGAUGGUAUUCGGCCCGACUCGGAUAAGGUUUCCGCCAUUGCAGCAAUGCCAGCUCCGCACGACGUACCGACACUCCGCUCAUACCUGGGGGCGGUAAAUUAUUACUCCAAGUACAUCCCCGAAAUGCGCCAGCUGAGAUUUCCCAUGGACCAACUUCUGAAAACAGGAGUCAAGUGGGAGUGGAGUGGCGCGUGUCAACAAGCGUUCGACCGAUUUAAAAAGCUUCUACAAUCGCCGCUCGCUCUCACCCACUACGACCCGAAGCAGGAAAUAAUAGUCUCGGCCGACGCAUCAUCAGUGGGCAUUGGUGCACGAAUCGCUCACCGUUUCCCCGACGGGACUAUUAAAGCUGUUUGUCACGCUUCCCGCAGUUUGACCCCGGCUGAAACCAAUUACAGCCAGAUCGAAAAAGAGGGUCUAGCUUUGAUUUUCGCCGUGACACGCUUUCAUCGAAUGCUGUUUGGGAGGCACUUUACUCUCGAGACGGAUCACAAACCACUGUUGGCCAUCUUCGGAUCCAAAAAAGGAAUCCCUAUCUACACAGCCAACAGACUGCAGAGGUGGGCGUUGACAUUGUUGCUGUACGACUUCACCAUACAGUACGUUUCGACUGAUAGCUUCGGGCAUGCAGACGUUUUGUCUCGGUUGAUCAACACGCACAUUCGACCAGACGAAGAGUUUGUUAUUGCGUCAAUUGAGCUGGAGAAGACCAUCCAUUCCGUCGUUCAACAAUCCUUGGAGGUGUUACCGUUAACUUUCAAGGCUAUUCAAGCGGAAACACAAUCCGAUCCGAUACUCAAGCAAGUUCUACGUUUCGUCCAGCAGGGCUGGCCGAAAAGCAAAUCGGAUCUCAGCGACACACAACUCCAGCAAUUCUACUUGCGUCGCGAUGGUCUGUCUUCUUCUUCGGGGUGCCUGACAUAUGGAGAAAGAUUAGUUAUUCCUGUAAAAUUCCACAAGAAAAUUCUCCACCAGCUGCACAAAGGCCACCCAGGUGUGGAUCGAAUGCGUUCGGUCUCCAGAAACUACGUGUAUUGGCCCGGUAUCGACGACAGCAUCGCUCAACUUGUUCGCGCUUGCACCGAGUGCGCUAGUGUAGCCAAAACCAACAGAAAAACAACUCUUGAAUCCUGGCCAGCUCCCACCAAACCCUGGCAAAGGAUUCACAUCGACUAUGCUGGGCCAGUCGAUGGUAUGUAUUAUUUGAUUCUCGUCGACGCAUUCAGCAAAUGGCCCGAGGUAGUCCCAACUAAACGGAUCACUACGGCUGAUACUCUCAUCAUCCUCCGUAGUAUUUUCGCCAGAUUUGGCAUGCCGGAAACCCUGGUUAGCGACAACGGUCGGCAAUUGGUCAGCGAAGAAUUCGAGCGAUACUGCGAAGUGAAUGGAAUUUUGCAUCUGAAAACACCACCAUUCCACCCGCAGUCUAACGGACUUGCUGAACGUUUUGUCGACACGUUCAAAAGGACACUGAAGAAAAUUACAGCAGGGGGAGAGGUCCUAGCAGAAGCCAUAGACACUUUUCUUCUUUGUUAUCGCUCCACCCCGUGUCGCGGUGCACCGGAUGGAAAAACGCCAGCUGAAGUUCUUUUGGGUAGGCCAGUGCGCACGUCUCUCGACUUACUCAAACCACCGUCCCAGUACUUUUCGAAAACCACCAAGCAAGAUCAGCAGUUCAAUCGAAAACACGGUGCCAAGGCCAGAAGCUAUGAACGUCAGGACCUGGUCUGGGCAAAAGUCUACGAAAACAACUCCUGGUGCUGGGAACCGGGUCAAAUUUUAGAACGAGUAGGAAAUGUAAUCUACAACGUAUGGCUCCCACAGAAAUCAAAACUAAUUCGAUCGCACUGCAACCAGAUGAGGCAACGGUGCGAGUCUGCAGAAGAAUCAAUUAAGUCCAAGUCCUCGGCCAGAAUCCCACUAUCUAUUUUACUCGAUUCUUGGGGUUUGUCCGAGUCGAAUUCGGUUCCAGAAGACAACAACGAAGUUCGAACUAAUUCUGGUUUAAUACCUGCUCUCGUACAACAGGAAAUGGAAUCAACUACCAGACCACAUCUCCUAAAUGCCUCCCACGAAAAUUCGCGGGAAGUCAUGAGGCCGGCUUCAUUGAGGGACGGUCUACGAUGGACCAAAUCCUCACAUUACGCAGUGAAAGAUUUUCACACCGAGGCCGUCAACGAAGAGAGUGAUAAAGAUUCCACCAUCCGACCGGACAAAAACCGGAGCAGUUCUAGCGGAAACAAGCUGAACACUCCGCCGGAACAACCAGCACCACAUCAUCAAGAGUCGCAGUCGCAGCAGUAA